AUGGCUCGAACUCAUUACGUUUUGUGGGGAAAUGCAUGCGAAAUUCUCUCUAACGUCAUAUUUCAAGCUCUUACCUUAGACAUCACACCUAAAAAGGGGAUACGAAAAGCAGUCAGGCAUAAAUAUAAUCAUUUUCAAUAUUUCUCCCGCUCAACUGAGCCGCCAGAGAUUAUUCGACGUCAUCAUCGAAACCUGCCAGGCCGCGCUGUGCAGAUCGGUCGUAUCCGCAAAGGUAACCAUUACCAUCGCUUCAAAGAAAUUGUCGCCGAAGUAGAAAGUGAAAAGCCCACGAAAUGUAAAGAGAAGCAUUUGUACUGGAUAAGUCAAAUUAUCUCCAAAUGUUGCACAAACAUGGGCCGCGACGGUAAACCCGAUCCUAUAAUUGAAUGGCCAGAAAGUUCCGCAUUGCUCGAAGAAUAUUUGUUCCUCCGCAAAACAUUUCCCGAUAGAGAGGAUUUCCCAUACCGAAAAAGGGAACCCGGGCAGUCUUCGAAGAUGGUAAAGGUCGCACGCACAGGUAAAAAUCUUAUCAAAAAAGCGGCAAUCAGAAUCAAUCAGUAUGUACCGGAAGAUGAUGAGAAUGGGCAAAAAGGUCCGUUUGACCACGAUGAAAAUAUUAUUCAACCUGAGCCCAUGACACUCCAGAACGACGUAUCUAGAAAGAAAAAAGCAGAAGCAGAAGCUGCUGACAAGGCAGCAAAGGAAGCAAAGGAAGCAAUGAACAGACUACUAAAGAGAAACCGAUAUAAAACCAAACGAGACGACAAGAAGCAUCGUAUCAAAGACGAUAAUCCCGAAAAUCCUUACGCGCCAGAAAGGAAAGAAGACGAAGAAAGUAUUGUCACCGAUAGCGAUUUUGUGGGAAAUUAUCGGGAGAGAAAUGAAGCGGAUAAUGAUCCACCUCCUGAGAAAAAACCAAGGGUGCAUCAUCGUCAUCGCGAAUAUUUGCGAGAUGGUCAUGGAAGUCUGACUUCUUCUUACUCGGAUUCGGAUUCGGACUCAAGUAUAAGUUCCAUGUAUGCGCCAUCUGUGAGAAGAAUCUAUGACAAGAGAAGCGGGCACCAUGGGAGACAUCGGAGUCAUGGACGUGAACGUCAUUAUCGUCCAGUUCAUUAUGAUAGCGAGGUUAGUAGUGAUACGGGAAGACCACCGAGCCUUUAUAGCUAUCCUCCACCGCAUCAUGGGGGUUUUAGGUAUGGCUAG